UAGCAAAUUUUCUAUGUGCAAAGUUCAGAGUAGUUUUAUACGCGCUGCGUUGUAAACACGAUAUCUCUACUCCCAGGUAUAUACCAUACACAUAAGAACAUUAGUUGCGGCUCGCGGUUGCCACUUGGAACAGCUGUGUGUAUUACCUGACAUCUUAUCUACCGACUGAUUCAUUACCGUGUGAUAAGAAUUUCUGAUUUAAUUUUCCCCUCAAAUGGAAGCUAUAGUACCGGAUGUUCUUGAUGUGGCGCCACCUAGUGGCAAGCUAGAGGUGAAAUAUCCCACAGGCGUUGUUGUCCAGACAGGUAAUGAGCUAACACCAACGCAAGUCAAGGAUGAACCAAGUGUCAGCUGGGCAGCGGAGUCGACAGAUGCGCUUUAUACGCUGCUUAUGGUGGACCCAGAUGCGCCAAGUCGCGCCCAGCCCACGUUUCGUGAGAUCUUGCACUGGGCUGUGGUUAACAUUGUAGGCAAUCAGUUGGCCUCAGGAGAUACCCUGGCAGAGUAUGUGGGUUCUGGGCCCCCCGAGGGCACUGGACUGCAUCGUUAUAUUUUUUUGUUGUAUAGACAAAGCGCAAGGGUUGAGGAAGAUAUGCGCAUAGGCAAAAGAACACGAGAUGGUCGCUUCAACUUUAGCGUCCGAAAGUUUGCGGCAAAGCAUGGAUUGGGUCAGCCCAUAGCUGGCAGCUUCUAUGAGGCGCAAUAUGAUGACUAUGUGGCUAUACGCAACAAGGAGUUCGCCAAGUGAACAUCUGCAGUUACAUACAUAUAUGUACUUACAUAAACAUGUCUACAUAUGAGUGUAGCCAAUAAAGUCACUUAUUAUUGCUAUCAGCCAAUAGGCAAGACAAGGCGUCAGCCGUAUAUCUUU